AUGGAGAUGCCAAUACCAAUUACCUCCAUGCCAUCAUCAGAGGGAGAAGAAGAAGCCUGUGCACACUUUGAGAAACUUUUUACUGCUGAGGAGAAACAAAUCAAUGAAGAUGUGAUUAAAUGCAUCCCAAGGAUAGUUACUGAUCAGCAGAAUGAAUUAUUACAUUUCAUACCUACAAAGGAGGAGCUAAAGGAGGUAGUAUUUUCUAUGAGUCCUACUUCUGCUGCAGGGCCAGAUGGCAUGAGUGGUAAGUUCUUUCACUCAUGCUGGGAUAUCAUUUGUGAUGAUCUGCUGAAGCUGGUGCAGUACUUCUUCAAUGGUCACUGUAUUCCCAGGUACAUAUCACAUGCUUGUUUGGUUCUACUUCCUAAAACUAAACACCCCAACAAACUGUCAGAGUACAAGCCCAUCUACCUCAGCAACUUCACUAGCAAGAUCAUAUCCAAGCUCCUCUAUCUCAGACUUGCUCCCAUUCUACCUCAGCUCAUUUCUGACAAUCAGUCAGGAUUUGUUAAAGGUAGGAGCAUCUCAGAAAAUAUAAUGCUGGCUCAGGAGAUUAUUCACAACAUUAAGAGGCCCACAGUUGGGGACAAUGUAGUGAUUAAGCUGGAUAUGGCUAAGGCAUAUGACAGGGUCUCUUGGUCCUUUACUUGUAUGGUCAUGAGAAGGAUGGGAUUUGGAGAAGUCUUUAUUGAUAUGGUGUGGAGGAUCAUGUCUAACAACUGGAGCAGAAGUGUUAUCCAGGAUGCUGAAUAA